AUGCCUCCGUCUUCCCUCCCUCGCGCGGCCAAGCGUCGCAAGCUAUCCGACCCAUCGACUGGAGAUGAGAAAACAAUCACAAACCUCGAAGCUCGUCUUACUUCUGCUGUCGCCGCCAAACAGUCUCUGAACCCGCUCGCGGACUUGAUCGACUUGACGCUCACACUGUCAAACCCUGCGUUAUUGCAUAAGGCUAUCUACUCGCUAUAUCGAGUAUUUGUACUGGUAGUCAAUGAGGGACUUCUGGAUGUGCGUGGGGAGGAUGCGGAGGCGCGGGUGGUGCGAGGAUGGUUGCAGGACCGUCUCGCAUCGUACACGGAGUUCUUAUUGAGCUUAUUGAAGGAUGAUGAACAGGCGCUAAGGACAUCAGCUUUGCGCAUCGCUAUGUCACUACUGAAACAUCUCUCGACUUCGAUGACCAAAGUUUCCGGUCACCCGCAGUUCAAUGUGCCGUUUUACAAACGCAUCAUCGAGGCAUUGCUUGCUGCGCCCAUGUCUCUUCGCCCUGGCUCUUCUGCCUCUUCAACGGGUCUUCUUGCUCCUGAUGUUCGGGACACUUUCGUCAAGGCGCAUCUGAACGUCUACGACGAUCUGCGAUGGUUCUUCCUGCGUGAUUGCGACCCACUAUUGUCGCAACUCGCGAAGCAGAAGCACGUCCAUGCGCACGAAAACUUGCUCAGUCUGCUCGAGAACCUUGAGAAUUUCCCUCAGGAACCCAAGGCGAUCAAGUCUUGGUGGGUUGAGGAGAUGGGCGCCAAGCCUCCAAAACCGAAGAGGGGCAAGGGUGCUUCUUCCGCGCCCGAAGAGGACGAGGAGAAGCCCGAUGCGGCGAACGAGGAGGGCGAGGAUGAAGACGACUGGCGCAAAUUCUUUGAUGAGCCGUCAGAGAAGGAUGAUGGGAAGAAUAAGAAGGUCACGCCGACAGCGCGUCUACACAAGAUGACCGUACACCAGUCUCUUCAUGCACUUCCAAGUCAUAGAGCCGUGUUCACUCGGGCAUGGCUUGGGUUGCUACCACGCCUGCAGACGGACAGCGCGUUGGCGUUGAGGGCGUUAGGCGCCCUGCAUCAGCGAGUGAUGCCGAAUAUGACGCGGGCGGUUAUGCUCAUGGACUGGGUUGGAGCUUGUGUCGACUUUGGCGGUGUCGUUGGGCUACUGGCACUGAACGCGCUAUUCAUCCUGAUGACGGAGUAUAACCUGGAUUAUCCUUCCUUUUAUACACGGUUAUAUACGUUCCUGGAUGAUGACCUCUUGCAUCUCAAAUAUAGGGCACGCUUUUUCCGUCUUGCAGAGGUCUUCCUCAGUUCGACGCAUCUUCCCGCAACACUGCUCGGCUCCUUUGUCAAGCGGCUCGCCCGUUUAGCACUCAGCGCACCUCCUGCUGGCAUCGUCAUCACCAUUCCUUUCAUCUACAACAUCCUCAAGCGCCACCCAGCGCUCAUGGUCAUGAUCCAUCGCGAGGCUGACGACGACGCCCCCUCGACUGCUUUCGAGGAUCCAUUCAAGGCGGACGAGCCCGAUCCGAACGCAACGGACGCACUUGAUUCAUCGCUUUGGGAGCUGCGCACAUUGCAAAGGCAUUAUCUCCCGGGUGUCGCCUCGCUUGCGAAGGUCUUCGGCGAGGCCUUCACCAAGCCGCCGUAUUCGCUCGAGGAUUUCCUGGAUCACACGUAUGCUACUCUUCUCGAAGCGGACUUCAAGCGAAGGAUCAAGAAGGAACCCGCUGUUGCUGAUACGUUGGAGAGGAGACUGUGCACAUUUGAGGACGAGACCUCCGGAGCCGAUGAGAUCGCUGAGUCUGACCUUAUCACAAGCUUAUGGGUGUUCUCGCGAUAG